AUGCCGCGCUCUUUCCUCGUCAGGAAGCCCGCCUGCUCCCGUCGGAGACCCAACUACAGUGAGCUGCACGACUCGUCGCCGGAGUUCACCUUUCAACAGCCCUAUGACCAGGCCCACCUGCUGGCAGCCAUUCCGCCUCCUGAAGUCCUCAACCCCAGGGCCUCGCUGCCCACCCUCAUCUGGGACUCCCUGCUGCUGCCCCAGCUCCAGCCCAGCGCCUGGGCCUCCCUGCGGCCCCAGGAGGGCCCGAAGGCGGCCGAGCUGACCUUCCUGUCGGACGAGGACAGUGGGAAGGGCUCGCAGCCCCCCAGCCCGCCCUCCCCGGCGCCUUCGUCCUUCUCGUCGGCCUCAGCCUCAUCGCUGGAGGCCGAGGCCUUCACCGCCUUCCCUGGCCUAGGCCCGGUGCCCAAGCCGCCGCUGGCCGUGCUCGCUGGGACCAAGGACCCUCAGGCCCGCAAGGCCUUCAACUGCAAGUAUUGCGACAAGGAGUACGUGAGCCUGGGCGCCCUCAAGAUGCAUAUCCGCAGCCACACGCUGCCCUGCGUGUGCGACACCUGCGGAAAAGCCUUCUCCAGACCCUGGCUGCUGCAGGGCCACGUCCGGACCCACACAGGUGAGAAGCCCUUCUCCUGCUCACACUGCAACCGCGCCUUCGCCGACCGCUCCAACCUGCGCGCGCACCUGCAGACACAUUCUGCAGUGAAGAAGUACCAGUGCAAGUCGUGUUCCAGAACCUUCUCACGCAUGUCCCUGCUGCACAAGCACGAAGAGUCGGGCUGCUCGGGGGGCCCCCGAGGACCCUAG